CUUGGGGGCGGGGCUGCGCCGGCCGCUUCCCAGCCAGGCUGAAAGGGCUCGGGUAGCCGGCCUUGUCGGCCCUUAAAGAACCCCCUGGAUGGCCUGGCCUCAACUGCCCUCGCCGAGCCACGCAAAGGGUGCUGCUUCUGGUUCUCGUCGGCCUCCCAGGUUGGCUUUCCUGCUUUUCCCGAAGGUGGGCCCUUAGGUUUACCGCCAGGAGCCUGCGGCCGCCGGGAAACCCAAACCCGAGUGUCCGGAGAGUAACCGGAAGUGCCGUCCCAGGCGGAGGGGCGGCGCCGUCUGCUGCCGUGGAGAGGGAAGAAUUGAGUGUUGUGAAUAGUUAUGGACUAGAGACCUUUUGGAGCCAAAAGGAAGAUAGUCUUGAGUCUUUGUUGUUAUGGGUUGGAAAUACCAAGUAAAGAAUUAGUAUAUAUGAUGCUGGAAACUUGCAGAGAGGAGCUGCUCAUGACUGAAAGGCCUAAAACAGAUGUAUCUUUCAAGUUCUCAUCGAGAAAAUGACUGUGAAGAAAAUGAUGGGUCAGGAAGACCAGUGGAAAACUCCCUAGGAGAGAGCCAUAGAAAAUGUACACUUCAGAAGAGAGGUAUAAUCAGAGAACUCAAAAAAGGAAAAUAUAUCAUGUAUACCCUCAGAAGGGUAAAAAGAUUUUUAUUCAUGUGCAUGAGAUUACUCAAAUAGAUGAUCAUAUAUACCAGUGCCUUGAAUGUGAGCAAAACUUCUGUGAAAACUUAGCUCUUAUUAUGUGUGAGAGAACCCAUACAGGGGAGAAACCUUAUAGAUGUGAUAUGUGUGAGAAAACCUUCAUCCAAAGCUCAGAUCUUAUUUCACACCAGAGGAUCCACAAUUAUGAGAAACCUUAUAAAUGUAGCAAAUGUGAGAAGAGCUUCUGGCACCACUUAGCCCUUUCAGGACACCAGAGAACACAUGCAGGUAAAAAAUUCUAUACAUGUGACAUUUGUGGCAAGAAUUUUGGUCAGAGCUCUGAUCUGCUUGUCCACCAGCGAAGCCAUACAGGCGAGAAACCGUAUCUAUGUAGUGAGUGUGACAAAUGCUUCAGCCGAAGUACAAACCUCAUAAGACACCGAAGAACUCACACAGGUGAGAAACCAUUUAAGUGUCUGGAGUGUGAAAAAGCUUUUAGUGGGAAAUCAGAUCUUAUUAGCCACCAGAGAACUCAUACUGGUGAAAGGCCCUACAAAUGUAAUAAGUGUGAGAAAAGUUACCGACACCGUUCAGCCUUCAUUGUUCAUAAAAGAGUUCAUACUGGGGAGAAGCCCUAUAAGUGUGGUGCCUGUGAGAAAUGCUUUGGCCAGAAAUCAGACCUUAUUGUACACCAGAGAGUCCACACAGGUGAGAAGCCGUAUAAAUGUUUAGAAUGUAUGCGAAGUUUUACUCGGAGCGCCAACCUAAUCAGGCACCAGGCAACUCACACUCACACUUUUAAAUGCCUGGAAUAUGAGAAAAGUUUCAACUGUAGUUCAGACCUUAUUGUGCAUCAAAGAAUUCACAUGGAAGAGAAACCACAUCAGUGGUCUGCAUGUGAGAGUGGCUUCCUCCUGGGCAUGGACUUUGUUGCCCAACAGAAAAUGAGAACUCAGACAGAGGAGCUGCAUUAUAAAUACGGUGUCUGUGAUAAAAGCUUUCACCAGAGCUCAGCACUUCUUCAACAUCAGACAAUCCACAUUGGUGAAAAACCAUAUAUCUGUGAUGUGGGUGAAAAAGGUCUUGAGCUCAGCCCUCCCCAUGCAUCAGAAGCCUCACAAAUGUCUUGACCAGACAAGAAGUUAUAAUGCCAUAAAAAAUGUAUUUGCAAUGUAAGAGAACUCCUUAAGAUGAAGAACUCUAAGCAAAUCUCAGACUUUCCUCAGAGCUCAGAUUUCACUGGGGACCAGAGAAUCUGCAAUUGUAGGAAGUUGAGAAAUGAUUUGCCUAGAGAGCUGUCCUUACAGAAGCUUAUCAACCACUCCAAUGAGAAACCUUACAAAUGCUCUGAGUUUGGGAAAACCUUUAGUCCAAGCUUGUAUCUGAUCACCCACAAGAGGAUUCUUACAGGUGGGAAACCUUACAAAUUUGGUGAAUGUGAGAAAGCUUUCUAGCAAUGGUCACCUCUUCUCAUUCCAAGAGAAUUCACAUUGGUGGACAGCAUUUUUAAUACCCUGUGUCAACAGUGCUUCAGAGAGUGUGCACGUUUCAUUGGACGUCAGAACGCCCCACUGGGAAGAGACCCCCACAAGUGUGAAGAAAGCUUCUAACAGAACUAUGACUUUCUUACCUAUCAGAGAAGCCAUACAGGUGAAAAUUUCUAUAUUUGCCUUGAAGGUGGCAAAAGCAUUAGGUGGAGAGCCUUCUUGGGUUUGCACGCCCCCC